CACUUACCUGUGGGGGCAGAGUCACUGUUUUUCAAAAUGAGGCAAAUGUUAUUCUAUCUUUUGCUGUUGUGUCUUCUAACAUUAAUAUCUGCACAUUUUAUAAUAACAGAGUCAGAAGACCCUGAGGUUGGAUAUGGAAGCCUUUCAACAAACCUUCAGCCAUUAAAAGUGUUACUGAAGAAAAGAAGCAUAAGGAGACCGACAUACAAAGAUAAGGGAGAGAUUGAAGUCUACAGCCUGAAGAUUGAUUCAAAAGUUACAUCUCGAUUUGCUCACAAUGUAAUAACAAGCCGAGUGGUAAACCAGGCAUCUAGGUCCAGGGAAGCAUUCUUUGAAGUUGAACUGCCCAAGACAGCUUUCAUCACCAACUUUACCAUGACUAUAAAUGGUGUAUUAUACGCUGGAAAAGUAAAGGAGAAAGAAGCUGCUCAGAAGCAGUACAGAGCAGCAGUUUCCCGGGGAGAGACAGCAGGUUUGGUAAAAGCAUCAGGAAGGAAAACAGAGAAGUUUAAGGUGUCAGUAAAUAUUGCACCAACCAGAAAAAUUGUGUUUGAACUAAUAUAUGAAGAAUUAUUGCAACGCAAAUUUGGGAAGUACGAGAUGGUUAUCAAAAUAAAACCUAUGCAGCUUGUCAAUCAUUUCCAGAUUGAUGCCCAUAUUUUUGAACCAAAGGGUAUUGCUUUCCUUAAUGCACAUGCAACCUUUUUAACGAAACACUUGGAAAGUGCUUUGGUAAAAAAUGUUACUGGAACAAAGGCACAUGUUUCCUUCAAACCAACCCUGGAGCAACAGCGCAAGUGUCCUGAUUGUGGUGAAACAUUGUUGGAUGGAGACUUCAUUUUACAGUAUGAUGUCAAUAGAGACCUGUCUAGUGGUGACAUACAGAUUGUAAAUGGAUACUUUGUCCAUCACUUUGCACCAACAAAUCUGCCAAGAGUGCCUAAGAAUGUCAUCUUUGUGAUAGAUCGCAGCUUCUCGAUGCGUGGCCUCAAAUUUAAACAGACAAAGAUUGCACUUUUUAGAAUAUUGGGAGAUAUGGACACAAAGGAUCAUUUCACAAUAAUCAUUUUUGACUCCACUGUUGAAACAUGGAGAGAUUCGUUUGUCCAGGCAACGCCAGAAAAUAUACUGCAAGCAAAAAAAUACAUCCUCUACUUACAGCUGGGAGCAGAAACAAAUAUCAAUGAUUCUCUGCUCCUUGCUGUAACUCUUCUGGACACAGCUCACAAGCAAAAGCAACUGCCUGAAAAAAGUGUGUCCAUGAUAAUUCUCUUAACUGAUGGUGAUCCAAGUGUAGGAGAAAAAGACCCAGCAAAAAUCCAAGUCAAUGCCAAGAAUGCCAUAAAGGAGAGGUACAGCUUGUACUGCCUUGGUUUUGGUUUUGAUGUUGAAUACAGUUUUCUGGAGAAAAUGGCGCUGGAUAAUGGUGGUGUGGCUCGACUUAUUUAUGAUGAUUCGGAUGCAGCUUUGCAGCUCCAGGGUUUUUAUGAUGAAGUUGCAAAUCCCUUGCUUUUGGACGUUGAGCUGCUUUAUCCAGAGAAUGCAAUUUCAGAACUAACGGAGGCCAAUUUUAGACAGUAUUAUGAUGGAUCUGAAAUUGUGGUAGCUGGCAAGAUAUCAGACAAUAGUCUGGAUGAAUUCAUGGUACAAAUUACAGCACAAACUGCGAACAGUAAUUUAUGUCUUGAAGGCAACGUCAACAUUUCAGAGGCAGAGAGCAUUCUUGAACAUCAGCAAUAUAUUUUUGGUGACUUCACUGAGAGAUUGUGGGCGUACUUGACGAUUCAACAGCUCCUAAAACAAAGAAUUUCAGCAGGGUCAAGAGAAAAUAAAAUACUAACAGACAGAGCCUUGGAACUUUCACUGAAGUAUAACUUUGUAACACCACUCACAUCAAUGGUUGUGACUAAACCAGAGGAGAACAAAGUGGAUAGAAUCCUCAAGGCCAACAAAGCCACAGGAAUUGCCAAUCUCCAAACAGUGCAGAGUGGAAGGGUUUCAUAUAGGUCACGUGUUUCCCAAGCAUCACGGCGAUAUACUCCUGGACCACGCGUUGAAUCAAUUGGCACAUUCCAACCUAGAAGUUCAAAAUAUUUGUAUUCACCAGCAGCCUACUAUCCAGUAACUAGUGUUGAUGGAGAUCCCCAUUUCAUUAUUCUAAUGCAAAAACAACAUGAUGCUGCCUGUUUCAACAUUGCUGGGAAACCAGGUUUAGUUAUGAAUCUGGUCACUGAUCCAAUCACAGGCAUAAAAAUAAAUGGACAAUUAAUAGGAGAUAAGAAAACAGAAAAUAACCAGAAAGUGACGACCUACUUUGGAACGUUUGGGCUCGAAAACAGAAAAAUCAACUUGAGAAUAUCAGUAACAACUGAAGUGAUCACCAUAUUUUACAAGGAAGACAAGACUAUUAUUCCCUGGUCAGCAACAAUGACCUUAACGUUUGAGAGUUUCUCAAUCUCGAUCAUGAAAGAAAGGAAUCUCACUUUCACGAUGGGAGAUGACGCAACCUUUGUUAUUGCGCUGCAUCGCGUCUGGAGAAAGCAUCCCCUACACAGAGACUUUCUGGGAUUUUAUACACUUGACAGCCACAGGCUGUCAAAUACAACCCAUGGAUUACUUGGUCAAUUUUACCAUGACAUUGAAGCUAAGGUGUACAACAUUCACCCUGGAUCAGAUCCACAGAAACCAGAUGCAACAAUGAUUGUAAAGGGUCACAAACUCACAGUAACAAGAGGGUGGCAGAAAGAUUACCGACUGGAUUCAAAAUGGGGUGCCAAUGUCUCUUGCUGGUUUGUGCACAAUAACGGGAAAGGAUUUAUUGAUGGAAUUCACACAGACUACAUUGUUUCCUCUUUAUUUGAUUCAGCAACAUCAUAACAUCUAACCAGUUUAUCAAAAUAAAAUGGUGAAAAU